UCAGUAGAAAAAUAACUUUGAACAAGUUUAUAAGCAAAACAAAUUCUCUGCGAUGCAUUUGAUUUUUCUGGUUUUAAUCGCCCUUUUGUCUAUUGUCGGCUAUCACAUUGAUUCGUAUACAAAACAUUUGCGGAAAGCAUGUAAACACAUCCCUGGACCCUGGAGUGUACCAGUACUGGGUUGUGUGGGUGAAGUAUUGACCAUAACACCAAAAAAACUAUUAGAACGCUCUUUUGAAGUUUGCAUCGAAUAUGGAUAUUUAAUCAAAGCAUGGUUCCUAAACCAUUUCUGUGUGUUUAGUAUGGAUGCUGAAUUUAAUGAACAAUUGCUUGCCAGUUCCAGAACUAUCACAAAAGAUAAGUUGUACGAUAUGUUAAAGCCAUGGCUGGGAACCGGUCUAAUAAUAAGUAGCGGUGAUAAAUGGCAUGCACGUCGCAAGAUAAUCACACGCACAUUCCAUUUUACAAUAUUGGAGCAAUUUCUAGAAAUUUUUGAGCGACAAUCAUCCAUAUUGGUGGAAAAUUUAAGUGAAAAAGCUGAUGGGAAGACGCCUUUCAAUAUAGCACCCUACAUAUCUGCGGCAACUUUGGACAUCAUUGCAGAAACAGCCAUGGGAGUUGAAGUGAAUGCGCAAAUUGACAAAAAUGUCCCAUAUACAUCAGCAGUGGCAGAAAUGUUGGAGAUGAUGUCUUGGCGCUUCCUUUAUGUACAUUUACACAGCGAUUUGAUAUUCUCCAUUCUCUAUCCAUUCAAAAAACUACGGCAGACCAAACUUAUCAAACUAAUGCAUAGCUUUGCUCGAGGAGUCAUAGGCAACAGGCGUAAAACAUUGGAAAAUAGUUUAAAUGCCCAGCAAUCAGUUGCCAAUGAGAAUGAUGUAGACGAUAUUGGCCGCAGGAAACACAAAGCCCUAUUGGAUGUAUUGCUACAGUCGUCCAUUGAAGGCCAGUCCUUGACAGAUGAGGAUAUUCGUGAGGAAGUGGAUACAUUCAUGUUCGCAGGUCAGGACACCACUUCAACGGCCCUUGGCUUUACGUUGCAUUUGUUGGCUCGCCACCCCAAAGUUCAACAGAAAGUUGUUGAUGAAUUAAAUCAAAUUUAUGGAGAAAAUAAUCCCCUGGACUUUACUUUAAUGAAUCUAAACAAACUGAAGUAUAUGGAGCAUGUAAUCAAGGAGUCAAUGCGUUUAUACCCACCCAUACCUCUAAUAGGACGUGAAAUCACUGAAGAUUUCAAAUACACUCAUUCGCGUGUGGGCGAUGGUGUAUUGCUAGCUGGCACACAAGUUAUUGUAUCCAUUUUCAAUACCAUGAGACAACCUGAUAUAUUUGAGAAUCCUGCAGAGUUUAUACCCGAACGCCAUGAAUCAACAAACGUCGCAAAUGCUUACUCCUACAUACCUUUUAGUGCUGGACCUCGAAAUUGCAUUGGCCAGAAAUAUGCCAUGUAUGAAAUGAAAGUUCUCAUUAGCAAAAUUCUUCGUGAAUAUGAACUAUUACCCUUGGGACCCGAUGUUAGACCUAUAAUUGGUAUAGUUAUGCGUUCUGACACAGGAAUGCAGUUGGGACUUAAAAGAAGAGAUUUGUCUUAGAACUGUUGUUUUAUGAAAUAAUCUUAACUAUGAAUAAAAUUGGAUCAGAAAGCAAGUAAGAAGAGCUAAAAGCCGA